UCAACCUAAUAAGUAAAUACAACAUCGCAUCAAUUUUCUCCCUUUCUUUCAUUGUUCUCAAACACAUCUAUAUACACAAUACAAAUAACAACAAACAUCAAGACAAAAAGCUUCCGAGACUAAUGGAGAUCCCGAGACGAUUUUGCUUUUGCGUCCUAACGCUCUUUGUGGUUGUACUUCUAUCGCCGACGACCACCGUUCAGGCCAUGAUCCGACAUUACAAAUUUAAUGUGGUGAUGACGAACACCACGAAGCUGUGCUCGUCGAAGCCUAUCGUCACCGUCAAUGGAAAGUUUCCGGGCCCCACAAUUGUUGCUAGAGAAGGCGACACUAUUUUGAUCAAAGUAGUGAAUCACGUGAAGUACAACGUCUCCAUCCACUGGCACGGCAUCAGACAAUUGAGGACAGGUUGGGCAGAUGGACCGGCUUACAUAACACAAUGUCCUAUCCAACCGGGACAAAAUUAUAUCCACAAUUUUACAUUGACGGGUCAACGAGGAACCCUAUGGUGGCAUGCUCACAUCUUGUGGCUUCGUGCCACGGUGCACGGCGCCAUUGUCAUCUUGCCUAAGCUUGGUGUCCCAUACCCUUUCCCCAAGCCAUACAAAGAGAAAACCAUUGUUCUUGGUGAAUGGUGGAAAUCGGACGUGGAAGAACUUAUAAACGUGGCUUCAAAAAUUGGAACAGCUCCUAGCGCUUCUGAUGCACAUACCAUCAAUGGUCAUUCAGGCUCCAUCUCUAAUUGUCCUUCCCAAAGUAGCUACGGUUUACCCGUGAGAGCAGGAAAGACAUACAUGUUACGGAUCAUCAACGCGGCGUUAAACGAAGAGCUCUUCUUUAAAAUUGCUGGUCACGUACUAACCGUUGUGGAAGUUGAUGCUGUUUACACCAAACCUUAUAAAACCGACACAGUAUACAUCGCCCCGGGACAGACUACUAACGUUCUCUUAACAGCCAACGCAAACGCUGGUUCCAACUACAUGGUCGCCGCCACAACAUUUACGGACGCUCACAUCCCGUACGACAACGUCACAGCCACCGCCACUCUCCACUACAUCGGCCCUACCGCCACGUCCGUUCCCACCUUCAAAAAAACCAUUCUUGCAUCACUUCCGCCGCAAAACGCAACAUGGGUUGCGGCCAAAUUCACUAAAUCACUCAGGAGCUUGAACUCUCGCGAGUAUCCGGCUAGGGUUCCAAGCACCGUGGACCGUUCCUUGUUCUUCACGGUAGGUCUUGGCGCAAACCCAUGUCCCAGCUGCAGCAAGGGCAUUCGCUUAGUGGCCGGAAUAAACAACGUAACGUUUACCAUGCCUAAGACCGCUUUACUCCAAGCCCAUUUCUUUAACAUUUCCGGUGUAUUUACCGACGAUUUCCCGGCUAAACCUUUGAAUCCGUACGAUUAUACGGCACCGGUAAAGCUAGGCGUUAAUGCCGCGACGAUGAAAGGUACAAAGCUUUACAGGCUACCGUACAACGCAACGGUGCAAAUAGUUUUACAGAAUACAGCCAUGAUCUUGUCGGAUAACCAUCCAUUUCAUCUUCAUGGGUUUAACUUCUUCGAAGUCGGUAGAGGUUUGGGGAACUUUAACCCGGAAAAAGAUCCGAAAAUUUUCAAUUUGGUGGAUCCGGUAGAAAGAAACACCGUUGGAGUUCCAGCCGGUGGUUGGACUGCCAUUAGAUUUAUCGCCGACAAUCCAGGAGUAUGGUUCAUGCAUUGUCACUUGGAAUUACAUACAACUUGGGGAUUAAAGAUGGCAUUCGUCGUCGACAAUGGUCACGGUCCUGACCAGUCAUUGCUUCCUCCACCCGCUGAUCUUCCCAGAUGUUAGGAUAUGUUUUUAUUAAUUUGUAUCAUUUUUUUUUGUGGGAUUUAUAUUUAGUUACUUUUUGGGGAAAUAAAUGCUGGUUUUAGUGGAUGAGUUCUAAUUAUUUAUUUUGCAUGUAAUAAUAAAACAAAGAGAA